AUGGCGACCGUGCUCGCUGCCCAGGGCAUCGCACCCGCCAUGCUGCCGUCGGACUCUGGCUCCUCGUCGUCGCAGCGGCAGGAUGGCCCGCAGCAGCAAGGCCUCGUCGCUGCCCCACGGACACUACUGCCGCCGCCGUCGCACGCCGAUACUUCUGCCCAGCAGCAGCAGCCGGCCCCGCAACACCAGGUCCUCGUCGCCGUCGUCCUGCACCCGGCAGCACGGCAGUCGCUGAGAGAGUCGGUCGCCUUCCUCGGCGCCCUGCUCACGAGAAUCGAGCGCCUGUACCCCAACGCAGCUGUCCUCGCCAGCCAGGUGCGCUACGGCUACACCAGCACCAGACGAGCUGCCUCGGCCCCCGCUGCGUCAUCGUCAUCAGUAGCAACAGUCGACGACUUUUUGGAGUCGUCGCGCCUCUCAGUGACGCCGUGGUCGCCCGCGGCUGCCCUGCUCGCCGGGUCGCUGACCACCGUCGAUGCACCCAUCGAGGCAUGCUGGGAGGACGACUUUGACGCACUUCUAUCGGGAGAUGUUGCCGGUGAUGACGACGAUGACGGAAAAGGCGCUUCUUCGGAAACUUCGGGCAGAGGGAGGGUCGUCGAUGGCCUGGUGGCUUCGCUCGAGCUCUUCUCCCAGGCGCCCGUCCAUCCUCCCGUGCUGGCCCGCUACCUCGUCCACAUCCUCCCAAAAACACCCAGCUCGCUCACGCCGCCGCUGAACCUCGACGCCGACUCGCACCCGACCCACAACUUAUUCUCGCACAACGACGACCUCGACUGGCAGCGCGCCGUGGCCGAGCUCGGCAAGCUGGGCGUAUACCCGUGCACGAUCUGCCUCGAUCCCUCGUCCUACCGCCUCAUCGACGACGAGGCCAAGGGCGGCGAAGACGGCGACCUGGACGGCGUCGACUCUCGGGGUUCAAACAAGCCUCUGUCGCACUCGCUUGCCUCUGAUGGCGAAAAGGUGCAUCGUGCGCUGCUGACGGAUCUCGCCUCUGUCUUUCCCUCGCUGACGGACGCGCCGAGCAUCUUGGGGAGUGCCUAUCGCUCUAUCCACACCGAGUCGGGCCUCUUUCUGUCGGGCCUCAGCGACGCAGCGGCCACGGCGGCCCGUGCUGCUGCCGGCGCUGCUGCUGUUGCUGCCGGUGGCGUUGUCAAUGGGCGCAAGCGGGCGCGCAAGAACUCGGCGUCGCUCGACGGUGUCAAUGGCAAGCGAGCAAGAACAGCCAGCCGGUCCGAGAUGGCUGGUGCGGGUGCUUUCACUGCCUCGGACACUGCUGGCCUUGGGCCAUCUGCAGACCUGGCGUCCUCUUCGGCUGCCCAGACGGCGCUGAAUGCGUCUGCCAACAAUGGCAUCACUGCCAACUUGUCGACGACAGCGGCGACGAGCAACGGGGCAGGACCACCCGCUACAGGGGCCGAGGUGGACAAUUUGGCCGUCAACAAGGUCCUAUUCCUGCAGCAGCAGCAACAGAUGAUGCUGAGGAAUCUGGCCAUUGCCGCGCGGCAGCAGCAGGCCAGGGCCGCCCAGGCCGCCGCCACGGGCUCGGACCCGCCCGGUGGACCCGACUCACCGUCAAAGAAGCAGCUCUUGGAGCAGUUCAGAGACAAGCUCCUGGCACAGCAGCACUCGCUCAAGGCACAGGCGGCCCAGCUCUCGGCUGGUGGGCCACCGCCGAACUUCAACAACACCCUCACGACGCUGAUUGGCAUCGAAAAAGAGGCGCGCGAGAAGGGUGUCUACCUCGGUGGGCCCAGUGGCGCCCAGCUGGUGGCACAGCAGCAGAAGCUGCAGCAGCAGCAGAGGACCCAGGCAGGAGCGACUCAGCCGCAGCCGCCACCGUCGGCGGGCUCGGUGUUCCUGCCACCCAACAGUGGACAGGGGCAGCAGCAGCAGCAGCAGGGGCAGUCUUCAGUUGCUGCUGCUGGUGUUGGUGCUGGUGCUGCUGGUGCUCCCGGCGGGCUCGAGGCCAUGGCGCUACAGCACAAGCUGCAGCAGGAGCGUCUCGAGCGCAUCAAGCAGUUCCAGCAGCAGCAACAGCAGCAGCAGCAACAACAGCAACAACAACAGCAGCAGCAGCAGCAACAACAACAGCAGGUACAACAAGCGCCGCAGCUUCAGCAGCCACCCCAGCAGGGUCAGCUACCACAAGCACCGGGAGUACAGCAGCAGCAGCAGCAGGCUACACUCCCACGAAGGCCGAUGCCGACAGCCAUCUGGCAGGGCCCCAUCACAUGGAGCGUCACGACGGGCACAAACGUGCGGCGAGAAGUCGUGACCUUUGUCACGGCCCAGGCGGCCACGAAUGCAACAAAGGAGACGCUCAUGCUGCCCUGGCCAUCGCGCAUGACCAUCAGCGAGGUCAAUCCCGUCAACAUUCCCAUGCUGCAGGCCUAUGCGGCCAAGUCGACGGUGCCCUGCGUCUUGUUUCAGCCGCUGAGCGUGCCGGGCCAGCAGCCACAGGCGCAGCAGGACGGAAGCACAAAGACGCCCCAGCAGGCCAACGAGGCCAUGUACUUUAUGCUCGCCAAGAUGAUCGACAGCAAGCGUGGCGCUGCGUUCCUGCGCCUGUCGCCCCCAAACGGCAACAGCAACAACAGCAACAACAACAACAAGACUGGUCCCGGCCCGGGCAUUGUGGUGGUGUCGACGCCUGCGCCCGCCCAGACGCAGGGUCCCGAUGGGGCCGUGCAGCCUCAGGCAAAUCGACGGCUGCUUGGUCUUGUGUUCAGGGACUCGGUCCCGUGGCAUCUCUUCUCGGGCCCGCAGCCUCCCAUGCAGCCGCAGCCACAGCAACAGCAACCACCGCCGAUGCAAUCGAUGCAACCACAGAUGCAGAACCAGCAACAGCAACAGCAGCAGCAGCAGCAGCCAUCUGGAGGCCUGGGCAGUGCAGCCAUGGCUCACAUCCAGGGCAGCAUGUCCGCCGUGCCGACACCGCAGCAGAUGAACACCAUCCCCCGCGCGCCCUUCAACCUGCAGCAACCACCCCGCCCGCAGCAGGCGCAGCCACUGCAGCAGCCGCAACAAGCCACGCCCUCGUCGCAGCCGCCCAUGCCGCCGCUCAUGCCGUCGCAGCCCCCCUCGGCGGCGUCCAACAUGGCCAACUUCAACGUCUUCCAGCCUCCUGGCCAGCCGCAGGCCCUCCAGCAAGCGCCACGGCCUGGAUUUGCGCAGCCUCCCUCUGGACAGUUUCAGCCGUCUCCGUUUGGCUGGCAGCAGCAGCAGCAGCAGCAGCAGGCACCGACGAACAAUGCAAUGUCGUCUGCGCCGCCUUCGGCCUUUUUGGGACAGCCUUCUGCUCCGCCUGCGCCUGGUAUUGGUGCUGGUGCAGGAGUAGGAGCGGGCGCAGGAGGCGCAGGAGGCGCAGUUGACAUGGCUGCCCUGGCUGCCCAGCUCGGUCUCACGCCAGAGAUCCUGCAGGUGCUGCAGAUGCAGAGUCAGCAGCAGCAGCAGCAGCAACAACAACAGGCAGUCGCGCCUGCUCCGUGGCAGCAACAGCAGCAGCCGCAGCAGCAGCAGCAGCGACCGCCGCUCCUUGGCAGCAUUCUCGGAAGCAUCGGCGCCAGCAACAACGGCGCUGCCGGAGCAGCCGGCAAUGGUGGUGGAAUGGGCAUGGCACCCGGUUUCAACAGCAAUGCACCUCCGCAGCAGCAGCAGCAGCCGUCGUUUGACCUCGAGGCCUUCACGCGACUCAUUGGCAUGAAUGGCAACUCGGGCGGCAACGGUGCCUGA